CGAGUUCGCUGUGUUUUCAUCUUUCAUGUUUUUCUUUCUCUGUUGUAGAAUUGAACUUGAUAGAAAUUUAAAAAUAUUCGCUUCCACGGUACAUUUUCGAUAGAUUUGUGAUCAUACACUACUCAAAAUCGUACUUCUACGUUGUAAUUCAUCAUCCAUAUCGACGUAUUCGUGUUCGGUCGCCAAGUUGCAUCUUCAUCGUAUGCAGACGCAGUCCAUCGAAUUCGUGAAUCAUGGCUACUUCUAAAAGUACCAAUACUUAUAAUCGCAAACAGUGGGAAGAUGCUGAGUUCCCAAUUUUGUGUGAAACGUGUCUCGGUGAUAAUCCGUAUAUUCGAAUGACAAAAGAACCGUACGGUAACGAAUGCAAAAUAUGCCUGAGACCUUUCACAGUAUUCAGAUGGUGUCCCGGAGCUAAAAUGCGUUUCAAGAAGACCGAAAUAUGUCAAACGUGUUCGCAUUUAAAGAACGUUUGUCAAACGUGUAUCUUAGAUUUAGAGUACGGUUUGCCUAUUCAGAUCAGGGACCAGGCUUUGAAACUGAAAGAUGAUUUACCUCGUUCCGACGUCAACAAGGAGUACUUUAUUCAAAAUAUGGCGAAUCAACUACAGACUAGUGCUUCGAACGGUGAAGUGGGCAGUAUCGGUGGUGGUAAAGCUGAAGGUACUCACGACUUGUUGAUGAAAUUGGCUCGAACUACGCCGUAUUAUAAACGAAAUCGUCCCCAUAUAUGCUCGUUCUGGGUGAAAGGAAGUUGUAAACGAGGCGAAGAAUGCCCAUAUCGACAUGAAAAACCAACCGAUCCCGAUGACGCUCUUUCUGAUCAAAAUAUCAGAGACAGGUAUUACGGUAUAAAGGAUCCGGUAGCUGAUAAAUUGAUGAAACGUGCUUCAGCAAUGCCGAAAUUAGAACCGCCGGAAGAUAAGAGUAUUACCACUUUGUAUAUUGGUAACGUUCCGGCAUUCAUCAAUGAACGCGAUUUACAUAAUAGUUUCUAUCAGUUCGGCGAGAUCAGGAAUAUAACUUGUAUACCGCAUCAACAAUGCGCCUUUGUCGAAUUCGUUCGUAGAGUCGACGCCGAAGUAGCUGCUGAGAAGACAUUCAACAUGCUGAUCCUGGGCGGACAGAGAUUGAAUAUUAAAUGGGGUCAUUCUCAAGGACGUAAACAAACCGAUCACCAUAGUGUACAGCCGAUGAUGCAUCAGGAACCCAGCACAGUAACCACUUCUAAAAAUCUACCGCCUAGUUUACCCCCUCUGCCGCAGAAUUUGGUCAAUUUCACGUUCCCUUAUCCGCCUUAUCAUCAGUAAUGUUGAAAUUUAUUCCAACUUACCCUAGUUUGGUAAGACAAUAAAAAUGUAAUAUUAUGUAAUGGCGAAUUUUUUCUAAGACGAGUUCGGGUCAAGUUCGCGUUGAAAAUUGAUCAUUUAUGGUGAGAUGAAAGGAGAUUUUUCAAUACAUCUUUUUAUUCUUUGAAAUAUUGUUAUCUUUUUUUUUUAGAAACUGGGAUUUGAUUUUGUGAAAUCGUUUAACCUUUUGACUCGAGUAAUUGAUUUUUGAGACACCUUAUGAAACUCACUCAUCGUGACGAGAAAUUCUAUAUGUAUUCGUAAUGUUUUAUCUCGAUCGUGUUUAUUUUAGUUAAUUUGCUUCAGGUACAUAAACAAAUUUUCUGUCCUAUUUUUUUGAUAGAAUUUAUUGAAAAUCGCUUCGCAUUGUUUAUUAUUUGUGAAGACUGUUGUACAUACAUAAUGUACUUGUAUACUUUAUUUUUUUCAUAAAAUUAUGAAAUACAUUAUAGUUAGAUGAAUUGAUA